GUUUGGAACCUUGCUUGUGAUGGUGAUUCAGACAGUCACAGGCGGGUUCGAGAGUUGAUUGAGCAGACGGGUCUUCAUCAGCUACCAUAUUGCAGCUACCCGGUGACAGAUGCAGGCCUUAUUUUGGCCCUUGUGGAGCGAUGGCAUGAGGAGACUAGUAGCUUCCACAUGUCGUUCGGGGAGAUGACUAUCACCUUGGACGACGUGUCGGCUCUUCUCCAUCUCCCCAUGGGGUCGAGGUUCUAUACGCCUGGGAGGGGGGAGAGGGACGAGUGUGCAGCGCUCUGUGCUCAGUUGAUGGGAGGAUCUGUUGGUAUUUAUGAGGCUGAGUUUGAUACGAAUAGGUCCCAGACUAUUCGCUUUGGGGUCUUGCAGACCCGGUAUGAGGCUGCGUUGGCGGAGCACCGAUAUGAGGACGCUGCACGGAUUUGGCUGGUGAACCAGCUAGGCGCCACGCUCUUUGCUAGCAAGAGCGGAGGCUACCAUACGACCGUCUACUGGAUAGGGAUGUUGCAGGAUCUUGGUCGAGUGUGCGAGUACGCGUGGGGCGCGAUUGCGCUCGCUACGCUAUACGACCAGCUUAGUCGAGCGUCCAGGAGGGGGACGGCCCAGAUGGGAGGUUUUAGCUCGCUCCUGCUAGGAUGGGUCUACGAGUACCUUUCUGACCGCGUCAUUAUCCGUAGGGCGGAUCCGGAGUACUCGUAGGACCAGCCUAGGGCGCGGCGGUGGGCUAUGUCCCGGGUCGGGCAUGCAGGCCUUGAUGAGAGGCGAGUCAUGCUCGAUGAGCUGACGGUGGAUGACGUUAUAUGGACCCCAUUUGAGGACCAUCGGGCUCAUCGACCACGGGAUCCGAGGGCCAUGUAUUCUGGCUACAUCCGGUCGCCAUUUGGCCGUGUUGUUCGACGGCAUCUACCAGAGAGGGUUCUGCGCCAGUUUGGCUUCAUAUAGGAUGUCCCUCGACACCCCUCUGAGAUCCAGACGUCUGGGUCCCUUGCUGAGACCGCAGAUGCUGCCUUUGCUGAGUUUGCGCCGCACCUCCGCCCUCAGGGGAUCCCCGCUACAUAUCCGGGAGAGGCUGUGGAGGAUUACAUGAGGUGGUACAGCGCUGUGUCCCAUCGGUUCAUCAUCCCUGAUGAUAGGAGGGAGGAGUUCAGUGCAGUGACUGUUAUGCGUCGGGCCGUGGACUUGUUGGAGCAGUCACUCGAGGUGCCAGAUGCUCCUGCAGAGGGCACGCAUUCCCGAUCCCUCACUGAGAGGGCGCUGGAUCUUAUUAGAUCCAAUGCCUUCAUUGGUACCCAGGGGGUAGCCUUUGCUGCUGUCCGAGGAGCUAGAGCUGCAGGAGGCAGAGGUCGUGGAGACAGAGCGCGUGGAGGCAGAGGCCGUGGAGGCAGAGCCCGUGGAGAGGGUGCUCCUGCAGAGGGUGCUCCUGCAGAGGGUGCGCGUGGAGGCAGAGGCCGUGGAGGCAGAGCCCGUGGACCUAGAGGUCGUAGAGGGGCCGGUAGGGGUCGGGGCGAGUGAUUGACUGUAUAUUUGUAUAUUUUUUUUGUAUUUUUAUAUUAUGACAUGUGACUCUUUGUAUUAGGACUCUCUUUAUAUUAAUCAUGCUUUCUAUUUUCACUCAUUA